AAACUCUUUGGAAAUAUGUUUUUUUUUUUUUUUUUUUUUUUUUUUUUUUUUUUUUCCCAGAUACCUGAAGGAGAGGUGAAAGCUCUAUGUCUGCAAGGCCCAGCAGAUGCGGCUUUGUAUGUGGGAACAGCAGAUGCUAUACUCGAUGGUUCCGUCCAGAGUUCGUUUCGGAUUUUGAUUCAAGGCUUGGAAUCAGAUUGCUUGGACCUGGCUGUCGAUUCGGAAGGAAUGACUUUUGUGUCGGUGGAUCGGUCACACUGUGUUUGUAGAUGGACAGUUCGCAAUCUGCUUUGGAAAACAAGGCCUCAGGUAGAUUGCUGUUGCGUUGGUUACCAUCCCGAAGGUCUAGCGAUAACAGUUGGUGGCUCAAAUGGAAAGUUGUUAGUACUGCAUGCCGAGGGAGGGCUAGUUGUGGCAACAAUAUCAGUGGCAGAUGCAGCCCUCAAAGCCCUCGCUUAUGAUGCAGAUGCAACCUCACUGGCAAUAGGCUGUGAAGACGGAAAUAUAUAUAUUUGCGAAUCCAAAAACCAUGGUUACCUUUACAAGAUGCACACGGUACUGAAGAAUGAAUGGCCAAUUUUACAAGUAGAUUGGUCUUCGGACGGUGACUGCUUAAUGACUGCUUACCGUAAAGAUGACUUUUGUGAAGUUGCUUUGUGGAGAGUAGCAGAUUCGAAGAGAUUAAAAUCAGCUUUAGCUCAAACAAUGGACUGGCCCCAACACACUUGUACUCUGUCUCACAACAUCCUUGGCAUCUGGAAAAGAAUCAAGGAUGUUUUCUAUUUAAGCUGCAAUCGAAGAGGGUCUAAACUGGCAGCUGGAAGCCAAGACGGAUACAUAAGGAUUUUCAAAUAUCCCUGCAAAGAAAGUGAUCAGGGUGAAUAUGAGGAACAAAAACAAAGUACUCAACCUCUCACAGUUGUCCGAUUUCUUAAUAUGGACCAUUUGAUAUCUGCCAGUGGCUCAGCUGUUUUUAUUUUUAACUACAAAAAGUGAGGGGGCAAGGAAAACUCCAUUACAUUAAAGCAGGAACGUCAUUUAUAACUGUAAUAAUAAAAAUUACUUAAUGUGUUCAAAUAUAUGUUUCUCUAUUAUAUUUUUCAAAGCUGUAUUUCAAUAAAAAAAUUUCUUUUU